AUGUAUCGAUUGACUUUGGUUAAACGUAGUGCCAUCACCAAAAGCAAACCUUUGAUCCCAUGCACACAACACGCUCGUUGGAUGGCACAACGACCUGCUGAUUUGGAACAUGAAGAAUACAAGCCUUGGGCUAACGAGAAUUCUACCUGUGGCACCACUCGUGAGACGGUGGAUCGUCGAGUUGCAUCCGACAACUGCGUAGAUGCAGAAAAGGAAUUAAAUGAAGAUCGAGAAGAAUCAGAGUCAAGAGGAGAGCCUGGUGUGCUCGAAUACAGUGCUGCCAAUUCACGUAUGUCACAACAAACCAAUGGUGAAGAUGGUAUGUGGAGACAAUCGGACGUGGAUCGCAACCCCUCUCGUUACGAACAACAGCCAAAACGACCACCUCCAAGGGAAGGUUUAUUCAAGCCAGCCAAAAAAAAUGUAUACAGGAACUUGACAUAG